AUGGUGAAAGAUAUUAUCUGGGGGGACAACUGGGCUGUUCCGAGCUUUUUUGAUAAUCAAAUUUCUACUCUUAUCAAUACUAUACCGAUUGAGGGCAAUGAUGAUAGCCAUCUUUGGCUGAGUAAACUGAAUCCCAAAUUUGCUGAUUUCCGUAAGCAUUAUUUUAGUCACCUGGAGAUGGUGAAUUGGAACAAAUUUGUAUGGCAUAAGAGAGCCUUCCUUCGUUUUUCUGCAUACGCCUGGCUCGCUUUUAAAGGAGGGCUCAAAACCUCUGAUGCUUUAGCUAAACGUGGAAUUUCAAGUCAAUACACUUGCUGCUUCUGUCACUGUGCUGCGGAAACUAUGUCCUAUUUAUUCUAUGACUGCAGCUUCACCUUUAAUGUUAUUAAAUGUUUUCUGCCUUGGCUGGGAUCACUUUUGAUGAAUCCAAACCUUUUUCAAGUCUAUGAUAGCAUUUUUGAGCAAAAUUUCAACAACCAUGAUAGAUCUUUAUCUGCUCACUGCUUCUGCUGCUAUUUAUCACCUUUGGAGAGCAAGAAACGAAAGGUUGUUUGGUGGAAUUAUCGACAGCCAACUGACUGUCAUUGCUAA